AUGGCACUAAGAGUGUUGGCAAUUGAGACUGAUAGGCUGAGACUAAGAUUGAUAGGCUAUCAGGCUGCUAGUUCUGAGGUCAAGACACUAAGAGUGUUGGCAACUGAGACUAAGGCUGAGACAGAUAGGCUGCCAGGAGUUUCAUGGACUGAGGAAGAACACAACUAUUUCUUGUGGGAACUUGAGAAGCUUGGAAAAGGAGAUUCGAGAGGCAUCUCUAGGAACUUCGUUACUACAAUGACCCCCACACAAGUGGCUGCGCCAUGCUCAGAAAUACUUUCUCAGACAAACCAGUCUCAGCAAAACAAAGCAUAG